AAUUCGAGGAUUUACGGUAUUUCGAAUUAAUCUCUGAUCCAACAACUGCAAACGAGGCCGAAGAUAUCAGACCAUCUACCUGCUUUCUUGGGCGAGGAGAGGCCUAUCAACAAAUAAUGGCAGAAAAUUCUGUCUAUAAAUUAUUGCGGCUGCACACUGCAAGUGACAAAUUCUAUGUGCAACCACUUGAUUCUGACAGCUCAUCAACAAAAAUUUUAGAAAUUGACAGAGUAACACAGGAGCUACAGUUAACUGACAAUGCUGGCCAGAUUCCUAGAGAUUCUGAGAGCCAAGAAAUAUGUGGAAUCCUUGGAAUAAUCCAUUUACUUCCAGGUCCAUAUCUGUUGACAAUCACCAAAAGAAAGCUGGUUGGAAUUCUAAAUGGUCAUGAAAUAUGGCAAAUUAAAGAUGCUGAUAUUCUACCAUUUCCUAAAAGUAUCUUGCAUCUCACAGAAGAACAGACUAGAGAUAACAAAGUAUUCAUACAGAUGGUGAAAGCUAUACUUCAGAAUGAUGGCUUCUACUUUUCAUACACAUAUGACCUCACUCAUACAAUGCAAAGGCUACACAACACUUCAAUGGAUUUUGCUUAUAUUCCUCUGUUUGAAAGGGCUGAUCCAAGAUUUGUUUGGAAUCACCAUCUCCUGAAAAUUCUGGCUGUCCAGCCUGAGCUUUCUAGGUUUGUUCUUCCUAUUAUUCAAGGGUUUGUUUCAAUAAAAAAGUGCAGUAUCAAACAGCACUCAUUUGAUUUGACACUGAUUUCUCGAAGAAGUUGUUACCGUGCCGGUACUCGUUAUUAUAUGAGAGGCAUCGAUGGUGAAGGAGAAGUGGCAAAUUAUGUGGAAACAGAACAAAUACUCAGCUUUCAAGGAGAGAGUUCUUCUUACGUACAGACUCGGGGAUCUAUUCCAUUGUUUUGGACUCAAAAGCCAUGUUUGAAGUAUAAGCCAAAACCUCUGCUUGCCCCUCAUCUUGACCAUAGGAAAGCCUUCCAGCUGCACUUAGAUAAUCAAAUAGUUUUCUAUGGUGAUCAAGUGCUGAUUAACCUGAUUGACACUAAAGGAAGUGAGAAGGUCUUAGGAGAUCAACUUGCAAAUGCAGUGAAAUCGUCUGGUUAUUCUGAGGCUCAAGUUCGGUAUGUUGCAUUUGAUUUUCACAAAGAAUGCAGUAAAAUGAGAUGGCACCGACUAUCAAUCUUAAUGGAAAGAAUUGAGGAAAACAUUAAAAGCUUUGGCUACUUUAAAGUCGACAACCAAGGUGAUAUGGUGCAUCUGCAAUCUGGAGUCUUUCGUACCAACUGCAUUGACUGCCUGGACCGAACGAACGUUGUUCAAAGCAUGAUUGCAAGGCGAGUGUUGGAAAGGCAGCUGCGGGAUUCAAAGAUAUUGAAUGAAGGGGAAUCUCUUACUGCUAAUGACCUGAUAGAAUUUGUAUUCAAAAACGUCUGGGCAGAUAAUGCUGAUGCCUGUUCUGUGCAGUAUAGCGGAACAGGGGCUCUCAAGACAGAUUUCACCAGAUUUGGUAAGCGGUCUAAAUGGGGCGUGAUGCAAGACGGCAUCAACUCAGCCAUACGAUACUAUAAGAACAAUUUUUCGGAUGGCUUUCGACAGGACGCCAUUGAUCUCUUUCUUGGCAACUAUAUCGUUAACCCAGGACAAAGAGUAUCGCCAUUCUUCGAGAAAAGAGAUUGGAAAUUUCUUGCACUACCAGUGAUUUUACUAAUUGGCAUUUCAAUGCUUCUGAUCAGUCUACUGAUACCGUCAACCGACUUCAACCUGCAGCUGGCGUACGUGUUGUUCUGGGGAGUCUCCUGCCUGGUAACGCUGUAUUUCGUCAUCGCUUUUGGAAAAGAGUUUGUCGAUCAGCCAAGACUCACCCAAAAGAUGAAGGAAAUCGUCACAUAAGUUGACUGCAAUAAGCAAUUAGUUAACUAGGGGGAAACAAACAGAAAAUCAUUUGGGAAGGGUCGAAUAUUUUUUUCUAUCUUAGGGUGAAUUAUUGUUGAAUGCGUGAAAAAUGAAGUUCCAAAGACAAUAUUAUUUAAUUACCAUGACUUGAUUUGUAGUUUUUAAUGGAAGAAUUACUUAAAACUCUUGAUCCGAUGCUACCAGGACUGUAUUUGUAGUAAAAUAUUUUAUUAUUGUUCAAUUUUAUUGUGA